AUGAAGUCACUCAGCUUGUCAUGGGUCACCGUGGCCUUGACCAUUAGCGCCUGCUCCAUUUCUGUUUCCAGCGCUGCUCCCGCUGCUACCUUCUCGGACGACGCAACCUCACCUGCUGUCAUCUACAAGGUCGCAGGUAAACCUUCAAGGAAGUCCAACUUCGGCCUAGGUGCCUUUAUCGAGACCAACAUCAACUCUGGAACGGACGGCGGUCUCUACGCCGAGAUCAUCCGUAACCGUGCCUUCCAGGACAAUGUAAACAACGCUGCCAACACCAACAAUGCGCUCGGAAAGGGCUCUCUGCUCCACUGGAGCGCCACCAGUCCGUCCACUAAGCUCUCUCUUUCGCUCGACAACUCGCUAACACCCGCUCUACCACAAUCCGCUGUGGUAGGCGGAGACAAGAGUCAAUCGUGUGGUAUCUCUAACCCUGGUUGGGAGGGGAUUAGUGUCACCACGCAGCCCCACAAGCUAAGCUUCUACGCUCGUUCCCCUACAGGCCAGCCUUCGACGGUGCCGGUCGAAUUCGGCCUGUACUCGAGUGACUACUCCAAGACGUACAGCAAGCAGAUCAUGCCACUCAAGCUCUCCGGCGACUGGCAGAAGUUUGAAAGCACCUUGACACCCUCGCAAGUAUCCAGCAGCAACGACAACGUCUUUGCCAUCAGGACUGCCGGCGCAUGCAAGGACGGCUUCCAGCUUAAUUUGGUAUCGCUCAUGCCCCCGACCUUCGAGAACACGGUGGCUCGACAGGACCUUGCUCAGGCACUUGCCGACAUCAAGCCGCUCUUUGUAAGGCUGCCGGGCGGCAAUGAUCUCGAAGGGAACAACAUUCCCUCCUGGUUCAACUGGACUAACGCUGUCGGUGAUCUCAAAACGCGUCCUGGCCGAACGCCUACCUGGACCUCGGAUUGGAAUACCGAGGGCCUUGGUCUCAUGGAACUGAUGGAUCUCACUGAAAAAUGGGGAGCCCGAGCUGUGCUUGGUAUCUACGCUGGUUAUUCGCUCGACGGAAAAGCGGUGCCGAAGGAUCAGCUUGGACCAUACAUCCAAUCAGCGCUCGACCAGCUUCACUUCCUUCUCGACACCUCGGGCCGCUGGGCAGACUUGCGAAAGGCUUACGGACGUGCACAGCCCUACACGUUCGAGCACGUAGAGAUCGGCAAUGAAGACUGGCUGGGGGCAGCUAUCAACACGUACGGCGCUUAUCGAUGGGCUGCGUUCCGCGAUGCGAUCGCCAAGGAGUUUCCUCAGUUGACUCUUAUCGCUUCGACGCUCAAGGACGGGGUCGAGGGAGCCAAGGCGGUGGACGAUCACAUGUACUCUACGCCCGACCAGCUGUUCGACUUUACCGAAGGCAUGGAUUCUACGUCGCGGGCAGUUCCCAUCUGGGAGCUCGAAUUUGCCGUCAUCAACUCAGGUCUCACUAAUGACACUGACAUCUAUAGCGGUCCCGGUCGUCUCCAACACCCAACGCUGAUUGGGGCUCUCGCUGAAGCGGCUUUCCUUGCAGCGGCUGAGCGCAACGGUGACGUCUACUAUAGUGCGGCCUACGCUCCCAUCUUCCAGAACGAGGGCAAAAGCAUGACGCAAUGGACUCCGGACUUGUUGAGCUUCAACUCGGGCCAGAUGGUCAAGUCGACGUCGUACUGGAUUCAGUAUGCUUGGGGCAACCAUCCGAUCAAACAGAUCCACGAUGCAGUUUUGUCGACACCGACCAAGUCGUCGCACAUCUAUCAUUCCUUCGGCUCCAACAGCGAGGGCAGCUUGGUGGCCAAGCUGAUCAAUGCCAACUCGAGCCCAAGGACGGUCAAGGUGCAAGUGGGCGAUGGAAGCAAGCUUUCAGCUAGCAGCGCCACGAGCUGGCAAAUCAAGGGAAGCGACGCUCAGCAGGCCAACACGCUCGGCAAUCCUCAGGCGGUGUCUCCACAGACCGCUGACGGUCUGCCGCAGGGAACUUCGUUCGGUUCAGACGGGUCUUUGACAGUGACGCUGCCGGCUUACUCGGCCACAGUGAUCACUGUUCCUCUUGCGUAG